UAUAAGUAUCGGAAAUAAGGUACCUUAAUGAUCACGUGAAGCCAACAUUGUUGUGUUCGGGUUCGCUUUUCCUCUUGAAUGCAGCUCACCACCUUUUAUCAACACAACAGAAGAGCUGCUUCCCUGACAGAAGAAAAACGGCUCGGAGCUGAAAGCAAGCAGCCAGAAUGACCAGUCUUCAGCUGAGUGCAAAGGAGGAGAUGGUGGAGAGGUUUCUGGAUGCUGCAGCCAGAGGAGACCUGACCCAGGUGUCCACGCUGUUAUCCCAAGUGCCCUCACUCAUCAACCAGAAGGGAUACAGCGGCUGGACAGCAGUGAUGCUCGCCGCUCGCAAUGGACACUACGAUGUGGUGGAGGCACUGCUGUCACAUGGCUGUGACAAGUUCUCAGUGAACAGCUCGUCACAGACCGCCUACGAUAUCGCCAAGUUCUGGGGUCACAAACACAUCGCCAACCUGCUGGACCGGACCAGCGACAGCUGUCAGCGAGUCCUGCCAGGCUCUGACCUCAGCCAGCAGGAGAACUACUUCAGCAGAGAGCCUCUGGACCGGCUGAGUGGGAAGAGAACUGACAAGGUUUGGUUAGAGGCCAAACAGAGUGAGCCAGGUACAGUCUACCUCCUGUUCUCUGACCUCAGCCCCAUGGUCAGCAGUUCCCAGGAGGAUGACAGUGCAGAGGUUGAGACCAGGCUGUGUCGGUUCAGAUAUGAGGCAGUCAAAGACCUUCUUCAGAAACCUGCAACUCUACUUAUCUUCCUUGGAGAGGAGAAGAGGAAUAAGCCCUCCCCUUCCCCCACCUCGUGCUCUCAGACAGAGGAGGGUGUCAAGGAGCCUCCUGCUUGGUUUGCCAUCGGCUCAGACGAAGAUGCUGCUGAACUUCUUAAACGUUGCAGAGAAAAGAACUGCUCCUUCCCAAAGUCACCCAACAGAGACCUGCUGAAAUUCACUGAGGAAGAGGCCGGAGUUGUGGCUCAGGCUCGAUCGGUGUUGGCCUGGCACAGCCGCUACAGCUUCUGUGCAACGUGUGGCAGCAGCACCAAGCUGGAGGAGGGAGGAUACAAGAGGAGCUGCCUGAACUCCAAAUGCAGGAGCCUGAAGGGGGUUCACAAUACCUGCUAUCCACGAGUCGACCCAGUGGUCAUCAUGCUGGUGAUCCACCCUGAUGGAAACCAGUGUUUACUGGGAAGGAAGAAGGUCUUUCCAGCUGGGAUGUUCUCCUGUCUGGCUGGAUUCAUAGAGCCUGGAGAGACGAUGGAAGAUGCAGUGAGGAGGGAGGUGGAGGAGGAGAGUGGUGUGAAGGUUGGAUCGGUUCAGUACGUCUCCUGUCAGCCCUGGCCAAUGCCCUCCAACCUCAUGAUUGGCUGCCUGGCUGUCGCCAUAUCAACUGACAUCAAAGUGGAUGAGAACGAGAUUGAGGAAGCUCGGUGGUUCCCACGACAACAGGUGAUUGAGGCCUUGUUCAUGGGAGCCCGCCCAGCCUUCACUGUCCCACCCAGACAGACCAUCUCCCACCAGCUCAUCAGACACUGGAUCGGCAUGAGCUCUAACCUCUAACCUUCAGCACUUGACCUCCAGCAAGUUUAGGCAGACCUGCAGAUGGUCACAUAGCUUUAAAUAACCAGCAACUGUCUAAACUGACUCCAAAUCAUCUGAAUGCUCACUGUAUGUGGAAUGAUACAGCGUUUGUAACACCUACAAUUAAAAGCAAAGACAGAACUGUACAAAAUGGGAGAGAUGA